GUAUAUGAAAUAGUUUAUAUAUAAAUACUUAUAUAAGGAAAGAGAGGCACAUUCAGCUUGCCAAUGUAUUUUACGGGAACGUUGUCAUAUUGGCGACAUAUCCAAUUCACAUUGUAUUUAUUUUUGAAAUUAUUUGUACUCUAUUUGCAGAAAAGUAUUUGUGGUAAAGCUGGAAAAUAUUUUCGUUGCACAUAAAUUGGUUGAAGAGAGAUGACAAACACCAAAGUUUGUCCUUGAUAUAAAUAGACAAAGGAACUAAUAUAGCUGAAGUGAAGUGCUCGUGUUAAGACAGCCAAAAAAUAAAAUAAUAACACAAAAAGUUGUGGGCAUUAGCUAACCACAGAAACCCAAAGCGAAGCACUCAAAACGCUUUUUCAAGACAAGGAUCGACCUAAACGCACACACAGCAACAUGUCGGAUACAACAUCGUUUGAAAUGGCCUCGGUCGACCGACCCAACCGUUUCCAAGUGAAUCCUGUUAACCAUCACAAGAACAACAAUGACAACGAGGACCGCAAAUCACACGCACCCCCAGCUGACGAGGUUUACCGCAGGCUGACCAACAUCGAUGGAGAGCUGCUCGAGGACGACAGUUUCGAUGCGACACAAUUGUUGAACAAACAGCAGCCCAGGCAGCAGAGGCAAUCCAUCAAGAGUAGUUUUCGCGAUAAGGAUAAGCCGUCGCGCUUUAAGGACUUGCAGACAACAACGCGUUUUCAGGUGGAACCACAAAAUGAAGAAUCUGACGCUUCAAAUGACUCGCAGGAAGAGCGCGAACUGCUGGACAAUGAAUACGAUACGAAAUAUGGUAAAAGUUUUAGGCACUUUACGCGCGAAGCUUUGCCACGUCUGGAUAAUUAUCGCAACAUGAUGUCCAUACAGGCCGCGUACCGUCCAACGCUCGACGAGCUGCACAAUGCAACGCUGGUGGGGAAAAACACGCACAGCCUACAACGCAAUCGAGAUCCGGAGGCAGGUAACACCAAUGGGCUCCUCAAAUUUGGCUGGAUCAAAGGUGUACUCAUACGCUGCCUGCUAAAUAUAUGGGGUGUAAUGCUCUUUCUGCGCCUCAGCUGGGUGGUGGGACAGGCGGGCAUCAUAGAGGGCUUUUUAUUAAUACUGACAACGACCGCUGUCACGACUAUAACAGCGCUGUCAAUGUCGGCGAUAAGCACGAACGGCGUCAUCAAAGGAGGUGGUACCUAUUACAUGAUAUCCCGCUCCCUGGGUCCCGAGUUCGGUGGCUCUAUCGGACUCAUUUUUUCACUGGCAAACGUUGUCGCCUGCGCCAUGUACGUAGUGGGCUUCUGUGAGUCUCUGCAGGCCAUGAUGCAAGCCAUGGAUGUGUCAAUCGUAGAUGGUGGUGUCACGGACGUGCGCAUAGUAGGUAGCACCACCAUACUGCUGCUGCUGAUUAUCGUUGUCGUUGGCAUGGAGUGGGAGGCAAAGGCUCAAAUCGGCCUGCUUUUCAUUCUAUUGGCUGCGAUUGCUGACUUCGUCAUUGGCAGCUUAAUUGGGCCCAAGAACGAGGGAGAGCGGGCCAAGGGCUUUAUCGGCUACAAUGCAACGCUAUUCCAUACAAAUCUGUUUCCGGACUACCGCACGGAGGGAUAUGUCAGUCACGAUUUCUUCUCGGUAUUUGCCAUCUUCUUCCCUGCCGCCACUGGCAUUUUGGCGGGCGCCAACAUUUCGGGCGACUUGAAGGACCCCCAAAAAUCUAUACCCAAAGGCACAAUUCUGGCUAUCGUUAUCACUACAGGCACCUACAUGUUCAUGGUUCUGAUCUGCGGUGGCACUGUGGCUCGUGACGCCACCGGCUAUGUUGUGGAUGCUCUGAACGGUUCUUUUGCGUUUCUAAACUGCUCGUCAACGUCCACAGGUACUUGCCUCUAUGGUCUGCAGAAUUCAUUUCAGGUAAUCGAGCUAGUUUCGGGCUUUGGGCCGCUAAUCUAUGCCGGUUGUUUUGCUGCCACAUUGUCCUCAGCCUUGGCCAGCUUGGUUUCGGCCCCGAAAGUUUUUCAGGCUUUAUGCAAGGAUGAGCUGUACCCAAAAAUUGUUUGGUUUGCCAAGGGAUAUGGCAAAAAUAACGAGCCCGUGCGUGGCUACGUGCUAACUUUCUUUAUAUCCAUGUUCUUUAUACUGGUGGGAGACCUUAACUCGAUUGCGCCGCUCAUCUCAAACUUCUUUCUGGCUGCAUAUAUGUUAAUUAACUUCAGCACAUUCCAUGCCAGUCUGGCCAAGCCCGUUGGCUGGCGGCCAACAUUCAAGUAUUAUAACAUGUGGCUGAGCCUUUUGGGCUCCAUACUCUGCGUUGCUGUCAUGUUUUUGAUUUCGUGGGCCACUGCACUCAUUACCUUCUGUGUGGUGCUGGCGUUGUACUUAAUUGUUGCCUAUCGUAAGCCGGACGUUAAUUGGGGCUCCACAACCCAGGCGCAGACCUAUAAGAACGCUCUGAUGUCCGUGCAGCAGCUGAACAAUGUGGAAGAUCACGUCAAGAACUACCGCCCGCAGAUACUUGUUCUGUCCGGCCUGCCCAAUACGCGACCUGUUCUCGUGGACUUCGCCUAUAUGCUGACAAAAAAUCUUUCCCUGCUGGUUUGUGGACAUGUGCUGCGGGGAUCUGGAUCGCAGAAGUAUCGUAACUAUCUUAAGGACCGCGCCUCCAACUGGUUCCAGAAACAUCGCGUCAAGGGUUUCUAUGCACUGGUUGACGGCGAGGACUUUGAGGCUGGCACGCGCGCCCUCAUGCAGGCGACGGGCAUUGGAAAGCUGAAGCCCAACAUCAUACUCAUGGGCUACAAAACCGACUGGCAGACGUGUGAGCGCAAGGAACUGGUGCAAUAUUUCAAUGUCAUGCACAAAGCUUUGGAUAUGUAUCUCUCAGUGGCCAUAUUGCGUGUGCACCAGGGACUGGACUGCGCGCAGCUAUUGGGCUCUCCGGAUAGCAAUUGGCCAACAGCCAACUGCAGUCUGGAGGUGCCUCGAACGCUGCAGCCCAAUGAGAGCUCCAACGAUCUGCAGGCUAGCGAUGCACGCCAUGGUCUCAGUGGCAGCGUGGACUCCUUGAGUCGCAAUGUAUCUCAGGAUGCCGCCAACAAGUUGGCUUCCGCUGGCAAUGGCCUGAAAUUUGUCAAAACAUCCAGUACGAGUGACUUAUCAUUCAUAGCAGGUAACCAGGUGAAGGACGUAUCCGGAUUGCCCGAUCCCCUGGAUGCCAAGACCUCAAAUGAGCAGCCCAAUUCACUAAGGAAAUCGAAGGCGAAACACGACGAUCCCGUCUCGCUCUACAGAGGACCAGGCGGUGUGGAGCUACCUAAAGAUGUGCUGGCUGACUUGACUCAAUUUACGCGUAAACGGAGCCAUGCCAUCAUCGACGUCUGGUGGCUGUACGACGAUGGUGGGCUCACUUUGCUGUUGCCUUACAUCAUAAGCACUCGACGCACCUGGCAAUCAUGUAAAUUGAGGGUUUAUGCGUUGGCGAAUAAAAAUUCGGAAUUGGAGUAUGAACAACGGUCUAUGGCCAGUUUGCUGUCCAAGUUUCGCAUUGAUUACUCUGAUCUAACAUUGAUACCGGAUAUUACGAAGAAGCCUCAUGAAACAUCGACGCAGUUCUUUGAUGAGCUCAUUAAGGACUUUGUUGUGAGCGAUAAGGAGAAUGGCCACAGCAGCAAGGCGACGCUGAACGAGGACGAAGCUCUUAUUAGUGACGAUGAUUUGCUGGCCGUUGCGGACAAGACGAAUCGCUAUCUGAGGCUGCGUGAAUAUCUGCGCGAGCAGUCAACCAAGUCGGACCUCGUGGUGAUGACGCUACCAAUGCCACGCAAGAACAUCGUCUCGGCGCCCCUCUACAUGGCCUGGCUGGAGAGUCUCAGUCGGGACAUGCCCCCCUUUCUAUUUGUGCGAGGCAAUCAGACGAGCGUACUCACCUUCUACUCGUAGACGCGGUCCCCGUCUGUUCUGUAUUUUUGCUUAUAACCGAAAACUCACUCUUCUUAGUUAUACAAGUACAAGAAUUUUAUGUUAUUC